CUCGCGUCUGCUCGCUUCGGUUUCAAUGACGUGGCGAAAGUCCAAUGCUUUUCAUCUUCCAAUUAGAUCGCUUGAUCCAUCGAUCUUUAUACAUGAAUAUGUGUCGGAUAAUACGUAUUGCAAAGUGUUGCCGUACAUACAAUUUGUAUAAAAUUAAUUUAUUCUUUUAUUUUUAACAAUCUUCAUGAAAGAUUUUGAUUGCACAAAGUGAAUAAAAUACUGCAACGCGACCUUGAACGCAUACACUGUGGCAGUCGAGGCAGUGUAACUGGCAGUCGAAUGUAACUGGUAAGGCUGACGAGUAACUGGAAAGUAGUUCCUUAGUUAUUCACAUACUUCUUAGUGAAGCCGUGUGAAGAAGACGUCGUGAAAAUGUGGAACAGUUGGUGUACCAGUAAAGUGCGUCUUGUAGGCAAAACUGUUAUUAUAACGGGAGCGAAUACAGGAAUUGGGAAAGAAACCGCCAGAGAUCUUUUCAGAAGAGGUGCAAGAGUAAUUUUGGCCUGCCGAGAUGUGCAACGAGCAAAUGAUGCACUUGAAGAUAUAAAAAAUAAUCCACCUUCAAGAGCAGAUAAGGAACAGUUUCAAGGUGAGCCAGGUGAGCUUGUGAUCUAUCAGCUGGAUUUAAGCAAAUUAAAGAGCGUUAAAGAAUGCGCUGAAAAGUUAUUAACAUGGGAAUCGGCCAUUCAUUUGCUGAUAAAUAACGCUGGCAUAAUGAUGUGUCCGCAGGAAAAAACCGAAGAUGGAUUCGAUUUACAGUUACAAACAAACUACAUCGGCCACUUUCUUUUAACGCUCUUACUACUGCCAAAAAUACAGGCAUCUGCUCCUGGUUGUAGGAUAGUGAAUGUGUCAUCGCGUGUUCAGUCUUGUAUGUAAACUUUUGACAGUAAACAUAAUCCCAGCGAGAAGUGACCUAUCAAUCGACAUCAAAUCGAUGUCUAAUUGACGUCGAAAUCAUCGAUAUUACAUCGUAUUGAUGUCGAUUCGACAUCAAUUCAAUGAGUCAUUUCUCGUUGGGAUUGCAUCUAAGAAUUAAUUUUAUUACUUUAAAUAUCGCAUCUCCGCAAGAAAAGUGACACAAGUCAAAAUUUUUUGAAUUUUGUAUUAGGUACGAAUUAUAUUCUAAAUACAUCGGUCUUCAAUCAGGAAAAAUGAAAAGCUGUUGAUUUCUGUGAAUAGAGCUCAAUGUGAAAAACAAGUUAAAUUGAAAUAUUUCCCACGUGAGUCCGCUAGUGUCGCUAU